UUCUUCUGUUAGCGCAGAGAAUUGAUUGAACUUAAGGUGUUUUGUUAUAACUAUCGUCAUGACAGCCUCCCCUGAGCAAGUGGACAAUUCAUUUCAGAGUAUUCCGGAAUCUGAAACUCAUUUCCGAAGUGGAAACUUAGCACUCUCUCACCUAGAUGAUGUCAUCGAUUCUGUAGUUUCUGAAGCUAUUGAAUACGCGGAUAAGCCACCAGAAGAACGAACACUCCCCAAAUUAAUCCGUAAAGCUCCACCACCCCCACGUGUUCGGCCACCUUUAAAUAUGGGCGAAUUUAAUCAGGGGCGUAAUUUCGCCACACCUAAUGGUCUAAAUCAAAUGCCAUUUCUAACUGGUGGUAAUCAGUUUCAACAAAAACUUAAUGAACAGUUCCCAACCAUGGUCCCUUUCAAUACUGGUCAAGCUGCUACAGCAGCGGCGGCAGCAGCAGCAGCUGCUCAACAACAAUUACUAAUGCAAUACAAUGGUCAGUACCCGGCUCAACAACCACAGCAGCAACAACAACAACCGCAACAACGUCAACAACAACAGCAACAGUACUCUCAAGCUGCACAUUUCCAAGCUCUACAAAACCAACAAGCCCAAUACCAGGCAGUGAAUGCGGCUGCAUUGGCCCAAAUGCAACAGUUGCAACGUCAACAAAUGCAGCGUCAGCAGCAGCAGCAACAACAACAACAAAUGUCUACUCCUAAUCGGCAUAUGUUAUAUUCAGCAUCGGGUUCUCCUCCUAUCAGUCCAGCGGUUAUAUCAAAUUCCCCAGGCUCGCAACAACAACAACAAGCUUUAGCUUCUGCACAACAGCAGUUACAUCAGUUAUAUGCAGCUGCUCAUCAGUUACCUGGUAUGAUGCAAACGUUCCCUCCGAAUCAAGGACAACAACAAGCAAACAUUCAACAAACUAUACAAGCUCAACAACCUCAAGUACAACAACAACAAGUAUGUAAUCAACGCGUUUGGACAAACGCUGAACAACUUCAAGCAGCUCAACAACAACAGCAACAGCAAUUAGCGGUUGCAGCAGCUGCUGCCGCAGCGGCGUUUAAUCCCAACUCAGUACAACAACAAUAUAUGCAACAACAACAGCAACAACCUUCACCCCAACAACAACAGCCGAAUCAAGCAGCUCAACAACGUAUGACAAACGAUUUCCAAGCCUAUGCCUAUCAACAUUAAAUUUUGUAAACAGAACAAGAGCAAAAAACCUCUUUUCAGUCAAGAAAAUUAGUCUACGUUUGUAAUGUUCCCUAUUCAUAUAUAUAUAAAUUUUUUGUGACUUUAUUUCACGCAUUUGCCUGUAUGUGUUGACUCAUCCACUACAAAUCUGCAAUUUAAAGAGAUAAAUUCAAUUUCUAAUAUUUUUAGCCUGUCAACAGCUGCCUUCUCUCGUUUAUCUCUACAUCACAAUCUCAACGAUCUUCCUUAUUCUUCUUUUUUCUUAACAACUACUAAUCAAAGGUUUCGUGCCUUGUUGUUGCAUUUGUGUUCUGGAUCAUUAUCUUCUUUCAACUUUUCUGAAACUCUAAAUAGGUGUAUGUACAUGUUUGCAUUGUUUAUUAAUAAAAAACCUGUUGUACAGCUAGGUCGUUUUUGUUUAUUCACUUAUAUCUUUAAGAUACUCAACAUCAUUACUUAAAUUCUUACACAGUGUACGCAUUUAAUUUUUUUUUUUAAAUUUUGUUUUAAGAAUCUAAUAAUUGUCCAGUUUUUCUUUGGGAACAAAUUCUCUGCAAUAUCUCAUAUAUAUCGAGUUAAAUGUAUGCCAACAACUUCACUGAUGCUUCAUUAUUUACCUAAUGACCAUUAAGUAUUCUUAAUUUUUGAUCUGUUUUUCUAUCGAAUACUGUAAAUUUAUGACAUUCCAUAUUUUUAGGAGAUAUGUAUGUUAAGUCAAAUUUUUCUAUUACCAUUUUACAUCACUUAUUAAAUAGCGACUUCACAAUUCAUGCAUAUAAUAGGGAACUGUGGUAUGUUAAAUGAAAUCCAAGUUUCUACCUCUGUCAAAAAGAAAACAUGGAUUUCUUUCAUAUUAUUUAUGUGUGUGUAAGUUGAUUGUUCUAUUUUUACGAAAGGAAAUUUAAUAAUAACUAUUCUUAUGACACUUUGUAAUUUCACACCAUCUCCCAUUUAUUGUUUUAUUGGACAAUCAUUCUAUUCCAGCCAACAAAUCUAUAAUUCAUAAUGCACUUAAUUAUUUUUUAGUUCAUCGUAAUGCUGGGUUUUUUAUCUGACGACAUCAGUAAUUUACAAUUUCUGUUUGUCCAGUCAGUAACUUGGACUUGCUAUUUUUAUUCUCCUUUUUUUCACUAACAUUACUAUUACUACAAGAUCAGUGUUCAUUAUCCAUAUUACCUUUUUACACAUGGAUCGCCUCUAUUUUUCAACUUCGUAUGUUCCUUAUUUGUUAGUUCUCUAUAUUCUAUUGGAAAAGAACAAAACUUUGUGACGUAUUUACGCUUAUCAGGAUAAUUAUUGUUACUACUAUUAUCUCUUUUUCCUGUAUCCUAUUCAUUGUGUAAUUCAUGUCAAAAGAAGACAAUGUCCAUACAUAUAAA